AUGACGACGGUCCCAUUUUCCAAGUACGCAAGCACGAUAGCUGGGGCUUGGAAACUGAUAUCCUGGGAGAUGCUGCCUAUUGAUCCGACCUCGACAACUGUCUUCCAUAAGCCACAUGGCGACAAUCCGUUUGGACGAGUGGUGAUAUCGCAGACUGGCUAUGUCUCGGCCAUCUUGAUCGCCCCAUCAGCUUUGGCGCCGCUGGAGGCCGGAACUGGAGAGUGGAAGGAUGCCACCGAUGCCGAGGUGUUGCGGAUUGGCCGAUCGUUGACGUCGUAUGGGGGACCCAUGACUUUGUCUGAAAGGGAGGAUGGAGGUCUCUUGUGGAAAACCAGAGUGGAGAUUGCGCACAAUCCAGCCUGGAUUGGUGGGGAUCAGAUUCGUCUUGCUGACCACUCGACGGAGGAUGGGCGGGAUUUUCUCACUUUGCAGCCAGUCCAUGAGUAUACUCUCAAGGACGGCACAAAGGCGAGGGCGGUGUUGAAAUGGGUAAAGGUGGGGCUCUGA